UCAAACAAGUCAGUGUACGCAGCAGCUGCAGGAAGGCAUUCAUUUGCGUUAUCGUGUAGCGGAGAGAGAGCAUGCCUAUCGUUAGGACAGAGAUGACAUGCUUGCAAUACACGCCACAUGAGGAUACUGAUCAGCGACUAAUCGGCUGGGCUCCGGAUCAGGAGUGGUGUGUUUGGUGUUCCCGUGACAUUUUGGCAUUCAACUUCCGACUUGCAGAUAUCCUCACCCUUUAUCUCUACUUUUACCUUUUUUCCCCCUUGAAUUUGCCUCCCCUUUAAGUUCGCUAUUUUUUUUAUUUUAUUUAGAAAUGCUUAGUGCUCGUCAGCGGCCAAGCCUAAAGCAGGAGCGGGCGGAGCGGCGGCAGCGCAAAAAAGUCAAGCGGCAUGAACAGGAGCUUAUGGAGAAAGUAAAGCAACAGCAAAGGCAAAAGCAGCACAGGCCAGAGCCACGCAGCUACACGCCGUCGUUCAGCCUGGUGUUCCGGAUCCUGGCGCUUAUCCGGGUGGUGGGGGCUCUAACGGCGCCGAUACAGGACUGCGACGAGGUGUACAACUACUGGGAGCCCCUGCAUUUCCUGCAGUUCAAGCACGGCAAGCAGACAUGGGAGUACGCGUCGCAAUAUGCACUGCGGUCGUACGGGUUCCUGGAAAUAUACGUGUGGAUGGCGAGGGCGCUGCAUUUCAUAUUGGGAUUCGCGGGCAAGGUGCAGGUGUUCUAUGGAGUGAGGAUUCUGCUGGCGAUGGUGACGGCGGCGUGCGAGGCCGGGUUCGUCCGGGCCAUUGCGGUGCAUGUGGACAGGAGGAUUGCGAACUACACGAUGAUGGGGCUGUUUGGCAUGGCGGGCAUGUAUCAUGCGGCGGUGGCGUUGUUGCCGACGUCGUUUGCUAUGUGCUGUGGGAUGGUGGGCGGAGCGGCGGCGAUGGUGCCGGCGUGGCAGGGGAAUAUGUGGCGGCGCACGGUUGUGGCCACUGGGAUGUUUGCGGUUAUGGCGGUGGUCGGGUGGCCGUAUGCGGCGGUGAUGGCAGUGCCGUAUAUGGUCGAGGAGGUGGUGGAGCGGGGCCGGGUGAAGCGCACGUUGGCGGCCAUAGUGACGGGCAUUGCGGUGAUGGCGGUAGCUGGCGGCAUGCUGGCCAUGGUUGAUUCGCAGUACUACGGGCGUUUCGUGGUUGCGUCGUGGAACCAGGUCAAGUACAAUGUGGUUAGCGGACACUCGGACCUGUACGGGACGGAGCCGUGGCACUUUUACAUCAAGAACGGGCUGGUCAACGGCAACCUGGUGAUGGCAUUGGCGCUGCUGAGCCUGCCUAUGUGGACCGUGUACUAUUUGGUUCUGCGGGGGACGGCCGUGGGCACGGGUCCGACGGUGGAGCGGCUGUUUACCAGCCACCGGCUGCUAUUGUACCGGAUCAUGCCGUUUUUCAUGGUGCUGGUGGUGUUCUCGCUGCAGAGGCACAAGGAGGAGCGGUUCCUGAGCAUUGCGUACCCGCACAUGUGCUUUAACGCGGCGGUCUGCCUGAGCCUCCUGCACCCGCUGCGCGCCUGGCUGCAGGCCAGGACCGGGCGGGCGUGGUCUGCGCGCAGCGACUCGCUCAAUCUCUCGGUGCUGGCGGUGGCCGGUGCUAUCGGACUGCUGCGCAUGGGCGCGCUGCACCAGUACUACGGCGGGUACUCGUCGGUGUUCCUGGCGCUGCCCGGGCAUUCGGCGAGCAAUGGGCUGCUGCCGCUGGGCCCGACAAUCAAGACGCUGUGGGGCAGCAGGACGGUGCGUGCGGAGCCGGGCAGGCAGCAGACGGUGUGCAUGGGCAAGGAGUGGUACCGGUUCCCGUCGUCGUACUGGCUGCCUGAGGGCUUCCGGCUCGAGUUUGUGGCGAGCCAGUUCUCCGGGCAUUUGCCGGGCUCCUUUGAUGAGAACGCGACCGGGGCGGAGCGCGGCGACUUUAAUGAUAUGAACCGGUGGGAGCCCAGGCAUGUGGUCGAUGAGGCAGUGUGCGACUACGCGGUUGACACGGAGUUUGGCGCAGCCGCGUAUGCCGAGAAUGAGGUGCCGUUUGCCAGGAGAAGCGGGUGGCAGAAGCGCAUGUGCGAGCCGGUGCUGGACCCGCAGCGCACGCGGCUCUGGGAGAGGGUGCUGUAUGUGCCUGGGGGCGGCCAGAGGUGGGGCGAGGUGUGCAUAUUUGAGCGUGACCAGUCGAGCGGCGAUCCCGGCGUAGUCUGACUUGCGUCUGGGCAAAAGCGAAAAAAAAAAGCGUGCGACAGAAAAUGCACUGGCUUGAAAAAUACAUGACAGUGAUGCAGCACGGAUGAGGGGGCAGUGUGCCGAAAUGACUCGCCCGCGUUUCCCCCCCGACUCCAGCGGCAAAGGGCGUGUUUG